AUGGCGCCCAGCACGAUCCGCAAGGCGAUCGGCGCCGUCAAGGACCAGACCAGCAUUAGCCUGGCGAAGGUCGCCGGCACCUUCGCGCCGGACCUGGAAGUCCUGGUGGUCAAAGCCACCACGCACGACGAUGACCCCGCUGACGAGAAGUACAUCCGGGAGAUCGUCAGCCUCACGUCACAGUCGCGUGGUUACAUAACGGCGGCGGUGGCGACGGUGUCGAAGCGUCUGAGCAAGACGCGCGACUGGAUUGUGGCGCUGAAGGGGCUGAUGCUGGUGCACCGGGUCCUGAUCGACGGCCACGCGCUUUUCGCGGAGGAGAUCGUGCACGCGGCGAGGAGAGGGGUGAGGGUUUUGAACAUGCAGGGGUUUCGUGACGAGGCGCACUCGAAUUCGUGGGAUCAUGCUUUGUUUGUGAAGAGCUUUGGUAUGUAUUUGGAUGAGAAAGUGGAAUUUGAGGUGGGGGAGAGGAAUUCAAGGGGUGUGGAUAACAAAUAUGAAGACGGAGGGAGGCGGUUUACGGUUACUCCGGUAAAGGAGAUGAAGCCGGAGAGAGUGCUGUUGAGGUUGAAUGAUUUGUUGAGAGUUCUUCACAGAGUUUUGGCCUGCAGGCCGGCCGGGAUGGCGAAGAGCAGUAGAUUAGUAAUCAUUGCGCUUUACGGGGUUGUGAAGGAGAGUUUUAGCUUGUACAUUGAGAUAUGCGAGGCGCUGGGGGUGUUGUUGGACAGGUUUGGGGAGAUGGAGUAUGGGGAGUGUGUUAAGGCGUUUGAUGUUUAUGUUAAUGCGGCGAAGAUGAUUGAUGAGCUGUUGUUGUUUUAUAACUGGUGUAAGGAUGUGGGGAUUGCGAGGACGUCUGAGUAUCCGGAGGUGUUGAGGAUAACUGAUAAGCUGUUGGGGACACUUGAGGGUUACUUGAAGGAGAAGAAAAAUGGGGGGAAGAGUAGUCCUGAGAGGGAGGAGAGGGUUUAUGUUGAGGAGGAGGUGAAACAGGAUAUGAAUGAGAUCAAGGCUCUUCCUGCGCCAGAGAGUUUUACUCCUAGUCCUCCUCAGCCAGCACCUGUAGUGCAGCCUAAGCCUGCUGAUAAGCCUCAGAGGGUGACUGAUGAGUUGGUGAAUUUGAGGGAUGAUGGAGUUACAGCUGAUGAGCAAGGAAACAAGUUGGCUUUGGCAUUGUUCUCUGGACCUCCGGCUACUAAUCCAAAUGGGUCCUGGGAAGCAUUUGAUUCAAAUGGAGAGGCUGAAGUGACCUCGGCGUGGCAGACGCCGGCUGCUGAGAGCGGUAAAGCAGAUUGGGAGUUGGCAUUGGUUGAAACAGUUAGUAAUCUGUCGAAGCAGAAGGCUGAUUUGGCUGGUGGUUUUGAUCCGUUGCUAUUGAAUGGAAUGUAUGAUCAAGGGACUGUAAGGCAGCAUGUGAGCGCCUCACAAUUGAGCGGUGGGAGUGCAAGUAGUGUGGCAAUGCCCUUGCCACCAGGCAAGAAUUCUACGCCAGUGCUCGCCCUGCCUGCACCGGAUGGGACAGUCCAAGCUGUGGGACAGCAAGAUCCUUUUGCUGCCUCCCUUGCUGUACCACCUCCUUCAUAUGUUCAAAUAGCUGACAUGGAGAGGAAGCAACACUUGCUUACACAAGAACAGCUUCUUUGGCAGCAAUAUGGAAAAGAUGGAAUGCAAGGGCAAGUGAGUUUAGCCAAGCUUUCCGGCGGGUCUGGCUACUAUGGUCCUCAACCAAUGAUGCCUUAUGGGAUGCCGCAGCCAGGAGGGUAUUACUAUGCACCCUAUUAAAAUUGGUACUGGAUCUUCUUUAUCACAUAUUGCAAAUACCUUGCAAUGCAGAGUAACGAAUACGUAAGGCUUCAUGCAGAGAUACCUUGCUUUACUUCCUUUCUUUUGGGAAGAUUUUUUAUACUACCUAAUCUUGUCGACCUUUGUCUUUCUUUCUGUACUAUGGAGUGUAUGCACAGUAUAUGGAAUUUUUCAUUCCAGCUUGAUUACUUAUGGAAUGAAAACAUUCCAGCUUGAUUGCUAUAAGCUUAAGCAUUCAGGUGUCAAAUAAUUACAG